GAGCAUGGCGAGUGCACACCAUUUGUGGUCAACCCACUUGUGACUUCCUCGUCCCUUCCCUGCAGACUAGGCUAGAAGAAAGCAGCAGCAAAGACAGAGAAGGCUCUUGGCUCCUGUUCGAGAGCUCCUGAAGAGCCCAGAGGAGUCUGGAAAUAUGGCAACCUUCAACACUAGUCGCUGGAAUGAAACCGCAUCCCUUUACCAGUACCUUGGUUUUCAAGUGCAGAAAAUUUACCCUUUCCAUGAUAACUGGAACACUGCCUGCUUUGUCAUUCUAGUCAUAUUUAUAUUUACUGUAAUAUGUUUAGUAGUGCUAGCUUUCUUAUAUGAGCUGCUUGACUGCUGCUGCUGCGUGAAAAAUAAAACCAUGAAAGACUUAGAGAAUGAACCCAAUCCUGUUAGAUCUAUGAUGGACAGCUUCAAGAAACGUGAAACUGAAGUGGUGUAGUGGUGGACUGAUCACUAGCACCUGCAUCAAAAUAGAUGUUCAACUUUAUAAUGAAGCCUCUUGCAUCUUAGGACCAAGCAAAUCAGAUCCUGCUUAGCCUUAAAUAUUAUUAUUAGCACUGUUUUUUGUUUGCUGGUGAAUAGAAAUCUGAACAGUUCACAAAAUACUUAUUUCUGGGUGAUGAGUCACACUGUUAUGUGAAAAUGUAAAUUUUCAUUUUGUUUCACAAUGAACUGUUGUUGAGUAGGAUUGAUGAGUUGAGUAAACUUGUUCAUUCAACCAAUGUACCUAUUGUUUCAUUUAUUAAAAAAUAUACUCCAUCCUUCAGCAUAUCUACUUGUAGGCAGCAAAGAGAUUAAAACAGAUUUAAAGCAUUUCAAAGCAAAAAGUAAAAAUACAUUCAGGCAGCAGAAACAGUACAAGCAAAUCAGCAGCAGGAAAGUUGUUUUAAGUAAUAUUUAUCAAAAAAGUUUUUGUCAUCAUGAUAGUCUAAGAAACCAAAACAAGAAAAUGUACAGCCAUGGCGCAUUUUAGAAUAAGUACUCAUACUUGAAGAAAUUAGAUAUAAAGAUUAUUAUGAUGAUUAUUUGAACAAGUCUCAAGUAUUUUAAACUCUUCACAUAUAUAAUCUUAGAGUCUGGGUAGCUUCUGGGUUUUUAGUGUUUCCCAGAGUUAUGUAAAAAAAAAAUUAAAAAAAAAUCUGCACUACUACCUAGGUGGAGGGUUGAGAAGUUUGCUCAGUUAAGGACAGGGAAAAUCCAGUAGUAUAUACUUUGCUUUUCAGUUGAACAUUUCUUUUUUAUAUCUAAAAGAGACAAGAAAGAAGCUCUGCUAAUUCAAAGUAACGCUCUUUUCUGCCCCUGCUUUUGAAU